AUGUCGCAGUAUUCCGGGGAUUUUACACUUUCUGCAACACGAGUGGGCCCGGUUCGAGGUGGAACGGGCGCAAUGGGAGGUGGAACGGGCCGAACUGCAGCUCAUCUGUCCCUUUCCCUCUGUUUCUCACUGUUCUUCGGGCCAUACCGACAGGACGGUUGCACAGAGGUGAAUGAGGCUCAGAUUGCGUUCCUGCAGGGUGAGAGGAAAGGCCAGGAGAACCUGAAGAAGGAUCUGGUGAGACGGAUAAAGAUGCUGGAAUAUGCUCUCAAACAGGAGCGGGCCAAAUACCACAAGCUGAAGUACGGGACGGAGCUCAACCAGGGAGACAUGAAGCCACCCAGCUACGACUCAGAUGAGGGGAACGAGAACGAGGCUCUUCCUGAACCACCCAACAGUCAGCUGAACUGGAAACAGGGACGACAGCUGCUGAGACAGUACCUGCAGGAGGUGGGCUACACCGACACCAUCCUGGAUGUGAAGUCUCAGCGGGUCAAAGCUCUGCUCGGUCUGGCUGGAGACAGCGGAGAGACACCCGGAGACGAGCGCAGCGAGCCCAUGGUGAACGGGACCGAGCCGGCCUCGCUGAAGGACAGCACCACCACCAUGAUCGGUAAAGCGGAGAUGACCGACUCCACCACGGUGCUGGAAGCCUUCAAGUUCAUCGAGAAAGCUGCCGCAGAGUUCAGCGAUGAAGAGGACGAUGACGACAGCGAGGGACAGAACAAGAGCAUCGUGGACCUCUCCACCAUGGUGAGGAGGAAGGUGUCUCCGUCUCCCUCCUCUUCCUCAGCUGACAUGAGCGACGACUUGGACACGGAGGAGGUUCUGAAGGGCUUCGACUUUCUGGCCAAUAGUGAGGACAUGGAGGGUCCGUCUGAAGCGCCGUCCUCUGGAGAGCGAGCCGAGUGUGAAAAGCAAGAGCAGAGCCCCUCGUCUGAGUCCUGGGACGUGGAUGAGGGUCUGAUCUCUAAACUCAAGGAACAGUACAAGAAGGAGCGCAAGGGCAAGAAAGGGGCGAAGAGGCCGAACCGCUGUAAGCUGCAGGACAUGUUGGCUAACCUGCGUGACGCCGAGGAUCUGUCGUCUAUCCAGCCGCCGGUGGCUCCUCCGGUCCGUCCCAGCCUGCCCCGCCUCAACGAGCCCCCGCUGGGACGCACCGACGAGGUCGAAGCCCUGACGUUCCCCCCGUCCUCGGGAAAGUCCUUCAUCAUGGGAACAGACGAGACGCUGGAGAGCGAGCUGGGUCUCGGAGAACUGGCCGGACUCACCGUGGCCAACGAGGCCGAGAAUCUGUCCUACGACAUCACUAAUAAUAAAGACGCCCUGCGGAAGACGUGGAACCCCAAGUUCACACUCAGAAACCACUUCGAUUCGAUCCGCGGCCUUGCGUUUCCCCCCAUCGAGCCGGUUCUGAUCACCGCGUCUGAAGAUCACACGCUCAAAAUGUGGAACCUGCAGAAAACCGCCCCGACCAAGAAGUGCGCCGCUCUGGAUGUGGAGCCCAUCUACACGUUCAGGGCUCACAGGGGUCCGGUUCUGUGUGUGGUGAUGAGCUCCAGUGGUGAUCAGUGUUUCAGCGGCGGUUUGGACGGGACCAUUCAGUGCUGGAACACACCGAACCCCAACAUCGAUCCGUACGAUUCAUACGAGCCGUCGGUGCUGCGGGGGGCGCUGUCUGGACACACAGAUGCGGUCUGGGGUUUGGUCUACAGCUCGGCUCAUCACAGACUGCUGUCGUGCUCCGCCGACGGGACGGUGAGGCUGUGGAGCGCAGCGGAUACAACGCCCGCCAUCGCUGUCUUCAACGAGAACAAAGAGCUGGGCGUCCCGUCGUCGGUGGAUCUGGUGUGCAGUGAUCCGGCUCACAUGGUCACGGCCUUCACUAACGGCAGGAUGGGCAUCUUCAACAUGGAGACCCGACAGCUGUUGCUGGAGCUCGAGUCGCAAGCCGCCGGAAUACCCGAGGCGCCGUGUCAGAUUAAUAAAGUCCUCAGUCACCCGACGCUGCCCAUCACCAUCACAGCACAGGAGGACCGACACAUCCGAUUCUACGACAACAACACAGGCAAGUUGAUUCACUCUAUGGUCGCUCAUCUGGAUGCUGUCACCAGUCUUGCGGUGGAUCCCAACGGUCUCUAUCUGAUGUCUGGUAGUCACGACUGCUCGGUGCGUCUGUGGAACAUGGAGAGCAAGACGUGCAUCCAGGAGUUCACGGCUCACAGGAAGAAGUUCGAUGAGUCCAUCAACGACGUGGCGUUCCACCCCACCAAGUGCUACAUCGGCAGCGCAGGAGCCGACGCCCUCGCCAAAGUCUUCGUAUGACCUUCGACCUUUGACCAAAACUGCUUCCGCAAACUGAUGCACGGAUUUCGCUUCAGGAUGGGACGAGCGGCUACGUUACGUACAUAAACACCUUCAUCUGACGUCAGUAUCGCUCACUCAUCCUCACCUUCUCUACCUGCACAGGUGGUGGUUUGUGUAUUAGAUUUGAAAUCUAUUUUAUAUGUAAUAGUUUGAAGCGGAUACUAGUGUUUUUUUAUCAUUGUGUGACUGGUGACUGAGGUUGCAAACAGAUCGUAACCCGAGUUUCCUGCAGGUUGAGGUUUUUUAUUUAAACUCUUCUGGUUUAUUUGAAUUUGUCUGUGAUUACUUGAACUAUCUGGGUGUGCGUGUGUGUUUUUAACUGCUAGGGUAGAGAUUUUCUGCUUUUAUCGGGAAUCGUUUGCCUUUAACUGAUGACAUGAGCACUACAAGACGAGUGGAGUGUUUGUGCGUUUCCUUCAGGUCUGUGAAAAGUGACACGAGUUUGCUUCUCUACCAAAUGAUGAUAAAGGACUAGUUUAGACAAACAUGAAAUCCAUCACUGUUUACUCACCUUCAUGUCACUGCAAACCUAUGGAAGCUUGUUUCUGACACAGGAUAAAGAAAUGUCGGAAAAACUUGCAAUUGCUUAUUUUUCUCAGAAUUAUGGGUUUUUAUCUUACAAUUGUUUUUUUCCC